CAGGUUGAGAAAAUGAAAAAAUUCAAAUGAAAAGAUUAUAGUUAAUCCAGGUUUAUUGUGAAAUUACAUCCAGGAUUAACGUGAUGGUUUAAAUGUAAGCCUUCUUAUUUUUAAACAAGGUUUAAAGUUUGUUGCAACAGAAUUAUUAGAUAACCCUUGGUUUAAUCUAGAUUUAAGCUUAAUCCUUAUUGGUGCAACCCACCCUUUAUGAUAUAUAAAUGAAAUUAUAUUGUGUUAAGUGUUAACACCUCGUGAAAGAAAGCGGAGAGAAAAAACACGGCGAUCUGAGCUGUCAGCUUGCUCAAACCUCUUCUCAACAUGGCCUUAUAAAAGUGCCUGAGAGCAGAGAAGAAACAAAAAGCAACCAAUUAACUAAGUAAUAAAAAUGUGUGACUGACAUUAAUGAGGCUGUUGAACCCCAAAUCUGAGGCACUCUGGGAAAUCCCAAUAACUGAAUGUAGCUCGGACUCACCGCAGGCACCAUUUAUGUACAGGGAUGUGCCAGUUUCACCAGAAAUAUUGCACUGUUUCUGAGUUCAUACAAAUAAAAGAAACAACUAAGAAUCGGGUCAGAUAGCAGCCACACUCUGUUACAGCUUUCCAAAUAUUUUCAUUUACAACGCAAUUUGGAUUACAUUAAAGGUGCAGUUUGUAUUUUUUUUUAAAAGUGUGUGUGUGUGUGUGUUAAUUUGCUGAAAGACUUCCUUUACACCCUUUACAUUAUCACAUACCAGAGUCUUUGUUUUGAAAGUGUAUAAAAUACUAUAUCAAGAUGGAGUCCGACAGUCAUUUGCAAACCCACUCGGCUCUUGUUACUUUGGAUUUUAUUUUUGCUGAAGCAGAUUCCACAACAAGUCCUUAUUUUGUUUGUUUUAUUCUAUUCUAUUAUUCUAAAUAUCCAAUGUCAGAACCAGACGCAGCGGUAGAACCAGAAUCAGUCAGAAUGAGAGGAGAGUCAGAACCAGAAUCAAUCAGAAUGAGAGGAGAGUCAAAAUCAGACGCAGAGUCAGUACCAGAAUCAGUCAGAACCAGAUGCAGAGUCAGAACCAGAAUCAGUCAGAAUGAUGGGAGAGACAGAACCAGAAUCAGACAGAAUGAGGGGAUAGACAGAACCAGAAUCAGACAGAAUGAGGGGAUAGACAGAACCAGAAUCAGACAGAAUGAGGGGAUAGACAGAACCAGACAGAACCAGAAUCAGACAGAAUGAGAGGAGAGACAGAACCAGAAUCAGACAGAAUGAGAGGAGAGACAGAACCAGAAUCAGACAGAAUGAAGGGAGAGGCAGAACCAGAAUCAGACAGACUGAGAGGAGAGACAGACAGGUGUGAUGAGAAAGCCAGUGUGAUGUUUUCUCAGGUUUCUGAUCCGUGUUCCUGCUUACAGUACAGCAUUUCAGUGUGAGCUGAACUGCAAGGCGUUUGAGGACAAUCGUUGAGACACCGCGACCAAAAAAAGCUGAUCUGAAUGAGGCUGAGGGUCAUGUAGCCUCAGUAGGGGGGAAGCGUGCGAUCACUUUACUGCACGCGGUUAGGAAUGAACACCACCACACUGGGGUUGAGAUUUUAACCUUCUAUUCGUAAGGAUCAUCGAAAUCCCCCCCUCAAAGCUGAGGUCUAGUAAUCCCAGCUUUACCUGAUCAUGCAGCCACCAAGGAUACGCCGUAAAGGGUCCAGCUGCAAAGCACAAAAGCACUGGACUGAGUUGACGACAUUUGAGUCAGGGAGAGAGUUCUACCUUGAGCAGACAUUAGAAGACACCCGACUGCCACAGGACACACACCUCUGCACACAGACGGGAAUCAGCAACGAAACUUCUGACACUUCAGAAGGCAUGACCAAGUCACUCCCAGAAUCCACAGGUGGUCUCAUCACUUCUCUCCAUCCUCUCAGGAUCCACAGCAGCCCGUCUGAACCACCUCGAUCCCCAACGCUGCGGGAGUGCGGGGUCAUUAUACGGCAGCUGUAUAACGCCAACAGUCUUCAGUCUCAGGAAAUUCUCCGCAUCAAGGCCAUUCUCAGGGACAUCAUGUUCAACCGGAAAAUCACCCCCGAGAACUACAUUAUGGCCAAAGCCUAUCUCGCUGAUGAGAAAAGAGCUGAGGAGCCGGAGAUGUUUCCAAAGCUUCCUUCUCGCGCCCUGCCCAAAGGACCGGUUGUGUGUCAGGCCAAGAUGGCCGAGAGAGUGAUCCUUCCCUCACUCAGACAGAGCCUCAGCAGGAGAACUCGAGCUGUGCAGAGGAGCCGCUUGUGGAGAAAAAUACCAUAAACUGUUAAAUACUGUAUUGUCCAGACUAUAAGACUAUUCCUAAUGACUCAGGCAUUCGCCCACUUGUAAUUUGCAAUGUAUUAGUGUAUUUACUGGAGGCGUGUUAAUCUGGCAGUUAACUUUUCUAUGAGCAGGUCGAUUAUCUAAUUCCAUAUAAAUUGGAAAAGCGGUAAACAACUACCAGACUACCCCAGCAGGGGGCGAUAAACUGAAGAAUUAAAAGGCAUCUCAAAGUGCUUAGCGAUUAAACGCAAACUUGUAAUUUCGGAGCUUAUUGCAGGAGAUUCUUAGCAUUAUGGGCAUUGACUUAUGAUAUUUAAAAAGGAUUGCAAGUAAAAUUCUUUGUUUAGAUCAUUAAGGGGUUAAAAUACAAGAUUCUUUGUAAAACUUUUUAAGCGUGUCUGUUUUAACAAAUAUAUAUAUAUAUAUAUAUAUA